AUGGAAGCAGAGGAGCUGUCAAACUCUACAGUCAAUGGCAAUGCAUCAGAUAUCCAGCCAAUCACACACAGUCUAUGGGAAGUCAUAACCAUAGCAACUGUUUCAGCGAUUGUGAGUCUGAUCACAAUAAUUGGGAACAUUCUUGUGAUGCUGUCCUUUAAGGUCAAUAGCCAACUGAAGACAGUGAACAAUUACUAUUUACUGAGCUUGGCUUUUGCAGACCUUAUCAUUGGCGUGUUCUCUAUGAAUUUAUAUACCUCCUACAUUCUGAUGGGAUACUGGUCACUGGGGAGUUUAGCAUGUGAUCUGUGGUUAGCCCUUGAUUACGUGGCUAGCAAUGCCUCAGUUAUGAACCUGCUGGUUAUCAGCUUUGACAGGUACUUCUCCAUUACAAGGCCGCUGACUUAUAGAGCCAAGAGGACUCCAAAACGAGCUGGGGUCAUGAUAGGCUUGGCGUGGCUGGUGUCCUUCAUCUUAUGGGCACCUCCCAUCCUGUGCUGGCAGUAUUUUGUUGGAAAAAGAACGGUUCCUGCCAGGCAGUGCCAGAUCCAGUUUUUCUCUGAGCCAGUGAUCACCUUUGGCACGGCCAUAGCGGCUUUCUACAUCCCAGUUUCCAUUAUGACCAUCCUGUAUUGCCGGAUCUACAAGGAAACAGAAAAACGUACCAAGGAUCUGGCAGAGCUCCAAGGCCUAAACACUUCAACUGACACCAGCAGUGCCAAGCCCCAGAAGACCAUCAUCAGAUCCUGUUUCAACUGCAAACAGCCUCCUAAUUCCUCUCGGGAAAGGAACCAGGCCUCCUGGUCUUCUUCAAACAGGAGCAAUGCUGCAAAGUCAGCAGCCAUAUCCAAUGAUGAGUGGUCCAAAACCGACCAGGUGACAACCUUCAACAGCUACGCCUCCUCUGAGGACGAGGAGCGCCCUGUGUCUCCAGGCAUCUUCCAGACGUCAUACAAGAACCAGACCUGUGGGCAGAAGGAAAGCGCAGCCACAAGCGAAACUGAGCAGCUGAGCAGCAAUGAAGAAGGCAGCUACUUCCCUUCCCCACCCAAGAGCAGCUCCCAGAAAAGCAAGAAGUGCGUUUCCUACAAAUUCAAGCCAGUCCCCAAAGAUGGCAGCCCCCAGGAGAGCAAAAACGGGGAUACCAAAAUGGCACCAUCGUCGUGUUCCUCGGCAGAGUCUAUGGGCGCCCCUUCCACCUCCUCCUCCUCAAAACCCAUGGACACCAACCUGAAGAACCAGAUCACCAAGAGAAAGCGAAUGGUUCUCAUCAAGGAGAAGAAGGCAGCCCAGACUCUCAGUGCCAUCCUCCUGGCCUUCAUCCUCACCUGGACCCCAUAUAACAUCAUGGUGCUUAUCUCCACUUUCUGCUCUGACUGCAUCCCAUUGUCACUCUGGCACCUGGGCUACUGGCUCUGCUAUGUCAACAGCACUGUCAACCCCAUGUGCUAUGCCCUCUGCAACAAGACCUUCCAGAAGACCUUCCGCAUGCUGCUCUUCUGUCAGUGGAAGAAAAAAAGGGCAGAGGAGAAAUUAUACUGGUAUGGCCCAAACCCAGCAGUAGGCAGCAAGCUAACAUAAUAUUCAGUGAUACA